AGGUGCAGAGAGAAAAGAAAAUCUCUUGGCUUCCAGAUGGCAUCCGGAGAAGCAAAGACAAGCCCCAAGAAUGCCUAUUCAUGUGCCCAGAGUCUGCAGGAAUCCGCAGAUGGGGAUGGGGAGGCCUACUGCACCCCAGGGCCCUUCGAGCUGGAGCGGCUCUUCUGGAAAGGCAGCCCCCAGUACACUCAUGUCAAUGAGGUCUGGCCUAAGCUGUAUAUUGGUGAUGAGGCCACGGCGCUGGACCGCUACCGGCUGAAGAAGGCCGGCUUCACGCACGUGCUGAACGCGGCACAGGGCCGCUGGAACGUGGACACCGGGCCUGACUACUACCGCGACCUGCCCAUCGAGUACCACGGCGUGGAGGCCGAGGACCUGCCCACCUUCGACCUCAGCGUCUUCUUCUACUCAGCAGCCGCCUUCAUCGAGGCCGCACUCCAUUCUGACCAGAGUAAGAUCCUGGUUCACUGUGUUAUGGGCCGCAGCCGCUCAGCUACCCUAGUCCUGGCCUAUCUGAUGAUCCACAGGGACAUGACCCUGGUCGAUGCCAUCCGGCAAGUGGCCAAGAACCGCUGUGUUCUCCCCAACCGGGGCUUCCUGAAGCAGCUCCGGGAACUCGACCUGCAGCUGGUGCAGCAGAGGCGGCAGGCACAGGCCAGAGCUGAGCAGCUGUGA